AUGAAGACCAUUCUUUUCUUGGUAGCCAAUGUUCUUUUGGUUUCUGCUGGACCAACUGUCCAAAUCGCACCUGGAACUGUAGAAGGAUUUGACUUCGUUACUUCAUCUGGUUCAACCUCCGAAAUUUUCCUUGGAGUUCCAUUUGCUCAACCACCUGUUGGUGAUCUACGUUUCGAGAAGCCUGCUGAGAUUUUACAAUUCACUGAUGGAUAUGUUAACGCUUCAGCUUUUGGGUUCUCAUGUCAUCCUCAUGCCAAGGCUGCCAUGCCUCAUCCAACUAGCGAAGACUGUUUGUUCAUGAACAUCAUUAAGCCAAAAGUAGUAACUGAGCCUCUCCCUGUUCUUGUUUGGAUUCACGGUGGAGGAUUUGAGUUCGGAUCUACUCAUAACUUCGGGUACAAGGGAUUCGCUAACGUGUACAAUCCUAAAGGUGUUAUCGUUAUUUCCAUCCAAUAUCGUGUCGGUAUCUAUGGAUUCCUCUCUACCGGAAACAAUAUCAUUCCUGGUAACCUUGGUCUCUGGGAUAUGACUGAAUCUCUCAAAUUCAUUAACAAAUAUAUUUCUGCUUUCGGCGGAGAUCCAAAUCAAGUCACAGUCUGGGGACUCUCAGCAGGAGGAUGUGCCGCAGGACAACUUGCAAUUUCUCCAUUCUCAAGAAACUUCCUCCAAAGAACUAUCCAAAUGUCUGGAUCACCAUUCUCAUCGUGGGGUUACGGACCAACUGUACCUGUUGGAUCAUGGGAUGUUAUCGAACGUGUUGGUUGUAAAGAUGUAGCCGAUGUUAAGGCCUGCAUGAAGGAUGCUAGUGUUGAAGAAAUCUAUGAUGCCACAGCUCAAUCUGGAUGGUCUACCGCUGAUCUCAACACAGUCAAAUGGGGACCAGUUAUCGAUGGAGAGUUCAUGACUGAUACUGCUGAUGUUAUGGCUAAAAAUAUCACCCAAAAGAAACCAGCCUAUCUCGGACUUGGAAACAAAGAUGGAGGAUUCUUCACUCUCAUGGGAAUGAACCCCUACCUUCAUCAAAUGGAGUUGACUAAUGCUCAAUUCCAAAGUUUCAGCCGUCAAGAUCUUGUCAACACUAUCAGAAGAUUAAUUGCUAAGAAGUUCUUCCCUCUCAACCAUGAGAAGGUAGUCAAGAAGUUGGUUGACUUCUACGUCGACCAAGGAGCUAACAACUCAGUUGGAUCAGGAUUCUAUGUUGAUAGAUACUCUCUGUUCUUGAACGAUAUCUUCUUCACUGUACCUGCUGUUCGCGAAUCUGACUUCAGAUCUAAGAACAAUUUCCCAACCUACGUUUACUCCAUGGACCAUUACAAUGGUGCUAUUUGGAAGGGACGUACUGUACCAGAUGAGGCUAAGGGAUCCGUACACACAAACGAGUAUCCAUACAUGUUUGAGUUCUUCCAACUUGGGCUCUUCGAUCUCUUCAGUGACGAAGAGAGACCAGUAACCGAAAGUAUCCGUGAUUCUAUUAUCAACUUCACAAAGACUGGUGUACCCUCCAUUACUCAUACCAACUUCAAGCAAUACGGCGGAUCCAAGCAAUACCUUUCCAUCAACCCUAAGCCUGUUGUUCGUAAUAACUUCUACAAAAACGCUGCUAAGUUAUGGGAUGAUAUUUCCAAGAUGGGAUUCGAUAUUGUGACUAUGAUCCAAUUACGUCAGCAGUAUUAA